UUAUCAGAGUUAAUCGUAAACAGAAAACCUAAUGGAUCUGCAUGUUAGCCUUCCGUGGGAACUGGAGGAAGAAAUACUCUCUCGUCUUCCACCUCAGUCUCUUGUUCGGUUCAGAGCCGUGUCUAAGAGAUGGAACUCUCUCUUAAACAACAAGAGUUUCAUCAACAAGCACUUGUCUCUCUCCCGUCCCCACUUCAUCUUCCUAACCAAAUCAAAGAUUUAUUCAAUAGACAUCAUCGAUCAAAGGGUAACUUUGCGUGAGCUACACUCUUCUUGUAGGGAUUCAAAUUUGCAAUACAGCAGAAUCACUACUUGCGAUGAACUCUUGUUCUGUAAAUAUCCUCCAUUCCAUUCGAAGAUGGAGACAGCGCUCUGGUCUCCAUGUUUGAGACAGGCUAACUUGAUAAAGUUGUAUUCCGUGGGCAAAGAGUUCAAUGCUUUCGGCUUAGGAUACGACAACAGUGGACCCCAAAAGGUUCACAAGCUUUUACUGUACCACCCACCCCAGGUAGCUGCGAUCUACGAGUGUGCUUCUCACGUGUUGAGGUACAUUAAUGCACCUUACGAGGUACGCAUGCCUGAAAUAGAUAGACGGUCACAUGUGUCUUUGUAUGGAAAUUUGUAUUGGAUUGAUUACAAUCUCCAGACUGGUGAGUAUUUCAUCCAAAGCUUUGAUUUCACUAGGGAGAUUUUCAAACCCUUUUGUCUCCUUCCCUUACAAGAUAACCAUUGUCUCAAUGAACUUCGCCUUGCGGUUUGGAAAGGAGAUCGGUUUUCGUUGUUAAAGCAAAAAUUUUUAAGAAGGAAGAUUGAAAUUUGGGUAACUAAGAAUAAGAUUGAUGAUAAAGAGGAAGUGGUGUGGAUAAACUUUAUGACCUUGACAACAACUAACUUGCCAAAUUUGUUUCACAAGAAGUGUGGUGUUAGUUACUUCAUCUAUGACAAGACCCUAUUCAUGUGUUGUGGCGACGAUGAAGCUAGUCAUCCUUGCAUCUAUAUUGUGAAGGGAGAUGUGUGCAAUAAGAUUCAGAUAGGGUAUGGCCAGGUCAGCUGGUUUUCUCACUGUGCCUAUGUUCCAAAUUUGAUCUCGGUUCCUUUAAAAUUUCAGAUUUGAGUGAAUUGUUGCAAGUCUAUUAUUAUCAGUUUUUCUUUUUAAGUUGUUGCAUCUCUUUUGUUUUUUUUUUGAAAUUUUAACGUGAUUGAUUUUUUUUUUUUCAUUUUUUACUUGAGUUAUUUGAAUGUUUAUGUUUGAAGUUGAUACAAACAUGCAACAAAAGUGUUGUUGCAACCAGAUGGAAGAAGUGGAUAAAGGACAAAUUUCACACACAAAUUAAGAACAAACUUCGCUUCGCCAGUAACAUUUUCUCGCCUCCAAUUUUCAUCAACUACACAAUCUCAAUUUACCACAAAUACUUUGAUGUGGAACAAUCCUUUCGCUGAAAGGCAUCUUUGUUCGCUUGAUGAGCUUUGAGAUCACACUCAUUCCUCACAUUAAGAAGAGAUUGGCUUGUGGUGACUAUGGUAAUGGUGCAAUGGCUGAACCUUCUUUGAUUUAUUCCACUGUUAGACUCUUUUGGGAGUCGCAGGCUCAUCAGCUAAGUGCUGGAACAAGUUGAAAACGUAGCUUCCAGUUUGCAUUGGUUGGUUCUGUUUUCACUAUCAUAGAUCAUAUAAUGCUUUUCUUCGUACUCUUAAGUAGCUGUCUCGAUUUGAUGUCUCUAGAGGACCAGUUUCAUUGUCUCUACUCAUGUUGGUGUGGGAAUAUUUAAGUUUAUUGCCUAGCUUUUUGGUGUUCUCCUCAGUCUUUGAGUCUCAUGUCAUAGCGUUUAUAUAUAACUUAACCAAUUCUCAGAUAACUAAGCAGCUUUACUUUCCAUCAGUUAUCAUGAAAUUAAACGGCAAGCUGACUAAGACAUGAAGUUUAUAUCUUUUGAAACACUACAAUGCAACCGAAAUCUAAACUUAAAAAACGCCAAAUACAGUAUGGAAACAUUUCAGAUUAUUCAACAAAUUUAAAACCAAAGAUUGAUCGAAGCAAAUCUUUAUUUAUCUAUCUAACCGAAACACUGAAGGUAAACGAAACAACAUUCAAAAGUUCACAUAACAUCAAAUACGCUUACAGCUAUCUAAGACGCUUCACUCUUAACACGGUCAGUGGACACAUUAAUGCUUGAGUUCUUGUCAUCAUCCUGACAUGUUGUAUUAGAGACAAUUAUAGUUCACCUGUUUUGUCAUGUUUUCUCGCAUUU